GCAGAGUAAAGCAGGGACGAGAGUAGCUCAAAUUUUAGGUUUUCAGUCAACUCAAACAGUUGUAUUGGUAAUCGUCGAUUGACAGAGUGAAAAGAAGGGAAUUAUAUAUAUUUUCAGAUCUUGGCCCAUCAGUCAAAUAAUAUAGAUAGUCCAAGAGGUGUGUUCUCGGGUGUUAAUUCAGAGUUAGACAACUUAUAGCCUCAAAAUGGGAAAUGAAACAUCCUUGCCCAUGGAAUUAUGCUCAAACUUCGAUGCCGAUGAAAUUCGUCGUUUGGGCAAGCGCUUCAAGAAGCUCGACCUGGACAAUUCGGGAGCGCUCAGCAUCGACGAGUUCAUGUCCCUGCCAGAGCUGCAGCAGAACCCGCUGGUGCAACGCGUCAUAGACAUCUUCGACGCGGACGGAAACGGCGAGGUGGACUUCAAGGAGUUCAUCCAGGGCGUCUCGCAGUUCAGUGUCAAGGGCGACAAGCUGUCGAAGUUGAAAUUUGCCUUCCGAAUAUACGACAUGGAUAACGAUGGAUUCAUCUCCAACGGGGAAUUGUUUCAGGUGCUAAAAAUGAUGGUCGGCAACAACCUGAAAGACACCCAGCUGCAGCAGAUAGUCGACAAGACGAUUGUGUUCGCCGACAAGGACGAGGACGGCAAAAUCUCGUUCGACGAGUUCUGUUCCGUGGUCGGCAAUACCGACAUUCACAAAAAGAUGGUCGUCGACGUUUAAGGAAGAUUGUACACGCAAACACCCACACACACAUAAUUUUAAGCAUAUACUGAUAUAUACAUAAAAAACACACUUUUACUUGCUAGCAAAAAGAAAACUAAUUUAUUAAGUAAAACUAGUAAAAAAAACUAAGCAAGAGUGUAUGUGAAAGUUGCAUCUGAUGAAAACAGGAAAACACAAACGAUCUACUUUUUAAGUUGUUUCUAUGUUGUUCACUAUCAAUUUUAAUAAUAUUACUUGCAUAUGUAUUAACAUGGAAGAAGUGGUAUAGCGAAUAAGAUCUGUCUAGUGUGAGAAAGAUUUAAAACUCAAUGUGCGCUUGUUUCUUUUGGAAAAAAACAAAUGUCUAUUUUCCCUUAAGAUCCAACAUUUAUAUCCGGAGGUAACACACAAACACUAAUACCGUGCAUUUGGUUGUUAUAGCACAGAUAAAUAUUUAUUGUUUUUAUUAAUUUUUAUUUUCUAUUGUUUGUCGGUGAUUUCCUAUUACUCUGUUUUCUAUGUUAAAAAUCCACGAAGCUAGAACAGUACGCAAGUUAAUACCUUGCCACAGAUAGGCAGAUAUAACAUUCGAAGGAUUUUAAUUGACGGUGAUUUUGAUUGUGAACGGUCAUAAUCAAUUAAGUCGGGAACGAAAUAAUAGUUCGAUAGGAAUGUGAGAAGAACAUCUCAGCGAUAUUUUUUAAUGAAAAAUGUUUUGGGUGUUAUAUCUGUUUAUCUGCGACUAAAGCAUAAAAGAGUGCAAUUCAAAGACGUUGCGAACUAUUUUAACAUUCGGAUCUAAAGGCAAUAUAUUAAAUAUAAUAAAAAGAGAAAUGAUAAUACACGGCUCUUCUAACAGUUACGGACCAUUUUCAGCACAUUGAUCGUAAACAAAUCCCACGUUGGACUACAGCUCGUCGUAAGUACUUAAUGGAAAGAAUUGAAAACAACAAGCUAAAGCAAAUCAAAAGCAUCAUCAAUUACAACUACUACUAUUAUACAACACUCACACUGUCACAAAGAUAUGUAAUGGUCAUCCAUGCUCCAUUCGGAUUCACUUCGGUGACUGCAAAUCGAGUACUAGCAUAAUUUCCAACCCUUUAUUUGUCUUAGGACAUUCGAGUAAGAGGACAACGUUUGCGAGCAACACAUAUAGAUAUUUAACGAACUUAUUGCCACUGUUAGAGAUUAUAUCGUAUGUCAUAAAUGUCUAGCUAAUUUUUCCCCAAAUUUAAUUGUACAUGCAAAAACCAUAAGUGAACAAAAAAAAACAAAUCGAACGGUUAAGAACAGAGUACUAUCGUAGAGUCUUAGGUUAGGAGCCAAUUUUUCUAUACACUAUACUGUUGUUGAGUCGAAAACUUUUUAUCUCGUUCAUCCCAGCUCUGAAUUGUGCGCUGCUCCCAUGGGUGUACGGCGUCAAAGUCACGGUUAUUGGCGAUCUUCACAAUCUAAGCAAGAAACGAGGUACGGAUGGGAUCCACUCGAGGGGACAGAACAGAUGGAUAUUUCCAGAUUAAUUUGCAACAGAAAACAUUUGUGUUUCUACUUUGAGAAAAAAAACACAUUUUUAUAAUUAUUUACUAUAAAGAGUUCUAAGACCAGGCUUUACAUACCAAUGAGACCCAUGUGGCGGAAUGGGUAUUGUAUUAUGUUUUUUUUUGCAAUUUUGUCUGUAUUUGCGAAUUCAUGGAUAAGAACUCCACUGUACCUCUUGACAGAACUCGGCGACCACCACAAUUUCUGCUGUUUGUUUCCCAGUGGAUGCCCACUGAAUUGGUCCUCCACUAAACAUUACCAGGCAUCUGGAAUACGACCGAUAUUGAAGGAUUCGUUUCGCCUCCAUCCAACCUGUCUGUGAGGGAUAUCUCAUAGAUGUGUGCGCCACAGAGUUUUCCGGGGAAAUUCCGAAGAAUCAGUAAAGACCCGAUAAAGACCUUCAAAAUAUCUUGUUGAAGCUCCAUGGAAGGUUUUUUAUUACCCGUUGAAAUCAAAAUUUUAGACAUCGAAGGGCCGUUUGACCGAAUGUUGUUUGGCCGAAUAUGUCAUUUGGUCGAACAAACUAUUAGAACGAAACCCCUCUGGACGAAAGUCGGUUGGCCAAAAAUGUCAUUUUGGCCGAAGUGGACAUGCGGCCAAAAAUGUCAUAUAGCCGAAAAGAUUAUUUGGCCGAAAAUGCCAGUUCCAGUUCGGUCAUGUCCCUUUGGGAAGAUCCAUUAAUUACGUAAUGCAAAAAUUGGGCAUGUUGAACCACCCCACCCCCAUCUGUCAACACUUUUUCAAUGAAACAUCUGAAAAUUUUGUAUGGUACGUCACACUUUGAUCAAAACCCCCCUCCCCCCUCUAAGCGUUUCGUAAUUUGAGGACUCUCCCUUUUCGCUGUAUGUCGCUUUCAGCCAAAUUUUUCGGCCAACACAUUUUUGACAUAAUAAAUAACUGUUUCGUCCAAAUGGAUUUCGGCUAAAUGGCUUUCGGUUUCACGUGUUGUUCGGCCAAAUUGCUUCCUGCCAAAUUACAGGAGGGGCCGUUAGGCCGAAAGUCUUCAAACCUAAAACCAUUUGGCCGAACAAAUCAUUAUGGUGAAAUCUAUCUGGCCGAAAAUGUCAUUUGGACGAAACAUAACUUGUUAUUUAGCCGAAAAAGACGUUUAGCUAAAAACAACAUUCGGCCAGAAUUAUCCUUUGGCAGAACGGACCAUUUGGCUGAAAUGGACAUACAACCGGCCAAAAUGAUCCUUUGGCUGAAAAAGUCGUUUGGACAAAAUGGUCGUUUGGGUGAAAUGGCCAUUUGCUUGAAAAUGUUCUUCGACCAAAUGGGUCGAAAUUUUUACCCAUAUCGCCUGUUCAGAAAAUGAAACAUUCGGCCAUAUGACCCGUCGUCCAAAUGACAUUUUCGGCUAAAUGGCCCUUUUUGUCGAACGGUUUUUUUUCUCAAACUGCAUUUUCGGUCACAUGACCUACUAGGGCUAACGGAUUUUUCGGCAAAAUACCAGUUUGAUCGUAUGUGCCAUUCGGCCGUAUGUCGCCUCCAGCCAACUAAUAUUUUCGGCCAAAUCGUUUUUGACCUAAUAACCAUUUCGGCAAAAUAGAAAUCGUCUAGAUGGCAUUCGGCCAAAUGGCUUUCCGCCGAAUGACUUUGGGCUGAACAGCUCUUCCUGUUUUUGAAUGAUUUCCCGUAGAAUUCUAAUAAAAAAUCCCAAAGGAAUUAAAAUUCUCGGUCACAUGGCCUAUUAAGCCAAACGACCUGUUAGGGCAAAUGGCUUUUUUGGCUGAAUUACCAGUUCGAUCGUAUGGCGCUUCCGGUCAAAUGUCCUUUUCGGCUAAACCGUUUUGGCCAAAUAGAAUUCGUCUAGAUGAUUUUCGGCUUAAUUAUUAUACGGCCAAGUGGCAUUCUGCCAAAUGGCAUUCCACCGAAUUACUUUGGGCUGAAUGGCGAGCAGAUUUGCCAGCUCUCAAGCAUCGGGUAUCUCCAGCGACUUGAUCUCGUCGCAAUACGCCACUGCGCCGCAUCUGGCCUUUGACUGCUUCAACGAUACUUUUCGGUUCCACUACAAACUUGCCUGUGUUGAACUUGGUGUAAUAUAAAACAAAUAAGAAGGGUUGUGUACAAUACAUGCCCGCAAGGUAGACGUUGGACAACGCAAGGCCAUCGUUGCGAUUAAUAUUUCUGUCGUCACUAAGCGAUUGUGUUUUGUACUUUGAUUCUGCUAAGGAUGGAAAUUUACUGCCGUCGCCAAGCGAUCAAUUUGCAAUUGUCUUGUCUUGUCUUAGUACAUGCACAGCCAGUAGAAACAAGCGAUCAAUUUGCAAUUUUAAACAAAACUCGUCUUGAUUGAACCUGCUCUUGUAUAAAAUGGUGGUCCUGAGAAGAACCGAUUGAUUUCUAAUAAUAGUGACAAUUGUGGCUUGGGAGCUGCUUCCACUGAUAAUUACCAAUCGUUAAUACCUCAGACGCUACCGUUGCAGAAAUGUAUUCCACCGCGUUGCUGCCACGACCGCCACAGACACAAUCGUAGCGGAACAGGCAACCGAUAGCCCGAAUGUUGCGAGAAAUCUCACCUGAGUGUUGCUGAUGCUAACGACGACGACCACACGACCCACGCCGUCGGUGAAAAUAAAAUUGUAUGAAAUUAUGGCCCUGAACAAAAAAAAAAACGAUUUAUUUUCUAUGAUGCGCAUUUCCAAACACGAACUGCAACAAAACCAGAGCCAGAACCAAACGAGAAAAUUUCACUGGAGUCCUGCUGCUGCCGACGACAGCCACUCGGUAGUUUGCCGUUGAAACGCUACGGACGCAGGAACCACCUUCAUCGGGGCAGGGACCGCUACCGACACCAUCGUACUUUCCGCUCUCAUCGGCCGCUCUUCGAAACACGGGUCUUUUAUGCCCAGAGAAAAUAAAGCGGUGGGCCAGAAGGCCCGUAACUUACAUGAUUCUGAUGUCCGUGUUGGGAAUGCAUGGAAUGGGAAUUGUAUGACAAGAAUUAAAUUUUACAAUAGUUUAUCGUAAAUAAUCUUGAUUUUUGAUGAAAUUGACAAAUUUCUGGAGAGUUUCCGAGUCGAUUGAUAUAUAAAUCUUCGAAAUUGAUCGAAAGAUAAAGACGGUAUUAACGUUCAAAAUCCUAUAAGAUUUCGUGAUGGUCCCCAAUUUUAGAUUCUGAUUUGAGACCCAAUACUUUCGGGUAAGACGUUGUCCAACGUCGAAACACAAUAAUAAGGAAAUUUAAUAAAAUUGCGGGUCUUCACACUGUGAGUCGUAAGGUGAGGAAUCAAACGUGUACACCUCCUGAACCAACGCGUCGCCAUCGUCGAAUUCAUCUUCCAGUGGUUGUGAUAGACAACGAAUGUCAACUUUUCCACUUUCGGUCCCAGCUUGUUUCGCUUUUUAUUGGGAAUGUGAGCGAACGCAGAACAUCCGAAAACAUCGAAAACAUGCAAUCGUCCGUAAUCCGAUUUCUUCCCAAACUUUAGCUCAAAUGGUGUUUUCCAGACGUAUCUUGAUGGCAGCAUUAUCUGCAGAUAAACGGCCGUGUUGGUUGCUUUUGGUAGAUGUUGAAUCAUUUUUGGUCAAUGUCUUAUUAGUAUUGCUGGGCAGCACCAGCCAUUAUUAUGAUCGGGUGAUUUUUUAAUUUAUGAGCUGUCAAUUUUAAUCACUCACUCCAAAAUCUUCAGAACCUUAGGCUUCGGUCCGAUUCGCGAAUUAAAAUCAAAUUAAACUUUAAAAUGACAAUUCAAUAAUUUACAAAUAACCCUGGUCGCAGAGCAAGAUUACUUUUGACAGAUGUUGAAUCAUUUUUGAUAGAUAUUUUGUUGGUCUUGCUGGGUAGCACCAGCCAUUCUUAUGAGCGGGUGAUUUCAUAAUUUCCGAACUGUAAUUUUUAAGUUUAAUUUGAUUUUAAUUCGCGAAUCGGACCGAAGCCUUAGUUACUAUGAACGCUAAUGGUGUUGCCAUGCCAACCGUCACCUCUGGUUUCGAUUUUUUCUUCAACACGUGGUUCUGGAUAGCACCGCCAUUUGUGGGUUCCCGUCCAGUUCUUGACACUGGGCACUCUCGUUUCAUAUGACCGGACUUGUGGCAUUUAUGACAUACAAUGGGCUAUUUGCUAUCGUCAGGAUGUCGGCAGAAUCCGACCGAGAGUCGGGCUGCAGACCCUGUCCAUCGUUUGCGACACAAGGGAACAGCUGCUCCAUGUGGAACAGAUGACCCUCCAUGUACCCAUCGUCGGUGUACUCAACUUUGCCCAACUUUACAGCACUACACGCGGAAUAAUAUUAUCGUCUUCUGGUGGUGUUUCUUUAGCUCUUCCCAGGUCUUGCAGUUCUGGACAAGUGGAUUUUUACUGUCGUCGACAAUUAAAACUUUUGUGGCUCUUGCAUCCGUCAAAGGUUUUUUUAUUGGCAUAUUUAUUUGUUAUAGGCACUCUGUUUUUUGGCCGCUAUUGUGCCGUGAUCUACCCUUGGUAUUCUGCUGUAGAUAAUCCUCACAGAAUCUAUAUUUUUUAGAUAUCCAUAAUUUGUUAUUGUUGCCUGUGCCAAUUCAUCUCAUCGUGAGUCCGUUGUGUCUAUUUGUCCAUGGUAAAUCCAAGAAUCGUUGCAUUGUACGGUUGCCAUUUAUCGAGGUACGUCGGAGGAAUGCCUCCGAGAAGAACAGUUUUGUCGGUCGUCGUCAGGAUGCCGUGGCGGUGAGGCGCGUUCCCCAAAAACGCCACCGUACGAACUGCGCUUACGACGACUGACGAGGGUUUUGGUGUAGAGGCUGGGAAUCGGACCCAUAACCAUUUGCUUAAAAGACGAACGUGUAGCUACGGGACCCCCAAUCCGUCAAAGGUUGUGUAGUGGUUUCUUCCACUUGUUUCCUAGCCACCGCACUUCAACUUGUCCAGGCCGAACUUGGUUCCUCUUAUAUCAGGAACGUGAAAAAAAAUUGAAGUAAAAUAUAUGUCAAGACCAAGUACAGCAUUUUUUUUCAUAUUGAUAUUGCUACUGUGCUGAUUCAAAUAUGCCACUAAUCUAAGUUCGUGUUAAUUUGUUGAUAUUCAAUAAUGGUUUCUGAUAUCAGGUAAGUAAUGGAACUUUUUCAUCCGUACCUCGUGUCACACUUAUUGACAAAGACAUAGUUUAAAACAAAUGUGUUCCAAUACCGUGAUUUUGACACCGUGAUACUGUGUUUUAUGCCAUCCGUCGUUAUUCACAUGUGAGAAAUAAAAGAAAUACCCUUAAAAUUCAUUGAUUCGGAAUGACCUCUCCUUUUAACGAUCCACCGUUGAUUACGCCCUUCGUCUGUCAAUGUGAUAGAUUUAGUCUCGCCAAAAAGAUGAAAUAACUUUCAGGUUUUCUUUUUACGUUCGAUUCACUCCAUAUUUCCCAAUCAAAUAGGUCAUUGAAAUGUUGUUGAGCACACAUACAUACACCUUUACCACGAUAACCUUAACAAGAUACAGAAAUUACAACAGAAAUCGGAAUUUUAACAAAAUCGACUUAUCACUAGUUACAUACAAAUACAUAAAUAACGGUUCAGAAUUCGCGAAUCUGUUGAUGGAUCGACAAACUGAAGAAACUUGUUUCAUUGGAAUAUGAACUUUUUACAAAAUUCAAAUCCCACUGAGAACAAGCUUCCCCCACACCCCCGGUGAAAACGAAUACAAUCCCUUGCUCCGCACAGAAACAAAAAAAGAAACGAACCCAGUGCAAUGAAUCGGGAAACCAAUGCGUUCUGCUUGCAAUACUAAAUGUGCAAUUAAAUCCCCUUCUUUUCGGAAAUCGGGGCCGCCGAAAAUCGGGUGCGUUGUUUUUGGGUUUGGGGCGGCGGAAAAAACCCAUAUGAACCAUGACCACUGAUACACGAAGUGAAAAUUUAGAAAAUCUAUUCGGCAAAUUUGAGGAAAACAUAUUGAAAGAACAACAAACAUGUGGACAAGAGUAAAAAACAAUGUAACAAGAAGCAAAACAGAGGCAAGAAAUUAUUCGUUUCAAUGGCAUGCUGAAAACAAUGCAUUACAGAAAUUAUCUAUUUCUAUUAAACUUACAAAUGAAUGAAAUAAAAUCUUUUUUCAAAACACUUCAA